GUGCGCGCACCGUCUUCUCCAGUCCCGUGCGCGCAACCGUGCUUUCUCUGUUUCAGUGUGAGCUACGGUUCUCGACGUCUCCUUUUGGCCUUCCAGUUUCCCCGCCAUGGGUCAGGGCAGCCGGAAUCCAGGUUUCCCAGCGCCUUAAGCAGCGACCAUCAUGUUGAGCAGCGAAUCACAGAGCCGCCGUUGAGUGAUCCUCCUGGGCCAAAGCCCUAACACCUUCCCCCGGAGGAGCCAUGGCUGAGCAGACGUACUCCUGGGCUUAUUCUUUGGUGGAUUCCAGUCAAGUUUCCACAUUCUUGAUUUCAAUUCUUCUCAUCGUAUAUGGCAGCUUCAGGUCCCUCAAUAUGGACUUUGAAAAUCAAGACAAGGAGAAGGACGGCAGUGGUUCUCCUGGUGCUUUUAGUGGAAACGGCUCUAACAGUAUCCAGACUAUUGACUCCACUCAGGCUUUGUUCCUCCCCAUUGGAGCAUCUGUUUCUCUCUUGGUCAUGUUUUUCUUCUUUGACUCAGUUCAAGUUGUCUUCACUAUUUGCACUGCUGUUCUUGCAACUAUAGCGUUUGCAUUCCUUUUGCUCCCUAUGUGCCAGUAUUUAACCCGGCCUUGUUCUACUCAGAAUAAAAUAUCCUUUGGCUGCUGUGGCCGUUUUACAGUUGCAGAGCUGCUCUCUUUUUCUCUGUCUUUGAUGCUUGUCCUUGUUUGGGUGCUCACAGGUCACUGGCUGCUUAUGGAUGCUCUAGCCAUGGGACUGUGUGUUGCAAUGAUUGCCUUUGUGCGACUCCCCAGUCUGAAAGUAUCCUGUCUGCUGCUUUCAGGGCUGCUGAUUUACGAUGUGUUCUGGGUUUUCUUUUCUGCCUACAUAUUCAGUAGCAAUGUGAUGGUUAAAGUGGCCACCCAACCCGCAGACAAUCCUUUGGAUGUUUUAUCCAGAAAGCUCCAUUUGGGGCCAAAUGUUGGUAGAGAUGUCCCCAGGUUAUCCCUGCCAGGGAAGCUGGUGUUUCCCAGUUCCACAGGUAGUCAUUUCUCUAUGCUGGGUAUUGGGGACAUAGUGAUGCCUGGUCUGCUCCUGUGCUUUGUCCUACGUUAUGAUAACUACAAGAAGCAGGCAACCAGUGACUCCCAGGGAGCUCCUAUCUCUGGGCGCAUGCAGAAAGUCUCCUACUUCCAUUGCACACUAAUUGGAUACUUUGUAGGACUUCUGACUGCAACAGUGGCUUCACGCAUUCACAGAGCUGCUCAGCCUGCCUUGCUCUAUUUGGUCCCCUUUACUUUAUUACCUCUCCUCACUAUGGCCUAUUUAAAGGGGGAUCUUCGUCGCAUGUGGUCAGAACCAUUCCAUGCUAAGGCUAGCAGCCCCCGCUUCCUUGAGGUAUGAUGGGAGCAGAGACGACAUGGCCAACCAGGCAGAAUCCCUUCGGCUUUCUUUCCCCAUAACACUUUAUACUGGACACCGCAAAAGCUGAUGGACCUUCAGAAAGGCUAUUGUGUAAAAUAACAAACAUUUCUGGAAGAGAAUUUCUUGGUGUCUCUAUUUGGGAACCCUGAGAUUGACAAUUUUGUGUAAACACCCCAUCCAACUUCCCCAGCAGUGGCUACUGAAGCUAUGGAAAGAGUGGAGAAUAAACUAGAGUAUUAAAGGCACUAGGUGAACCACCUUACUGCUGUUAAGGAUAACCCUUGGAACCUUUAAAGGUUUGGCCUUCCUGGAACUUUAUGGAGCAUGUUUCUGUAAAGACAUCUAGAACACUGACAAGCCUGUUGGGACCAGACUCUAAUGAGAGGGGAGUCUCCCUCUCACUAGCUCCCCUUCCUUGCCCCCCCCCAUUUUUUUUUUAAUUAAAUUUCUUCUGUGGUGUGAAGUGACUUUUAGAUCUCAGCCAGUGUGUGAGUUACUCUCUGUAUAUACAUAGUCUGUCGUAUUUAAUUCCAUUUCACCUUCAUGUCAUGUUACUGAGGGUAAGACUGAGAUUAUAUAUAAAUAUAUUUUCUAUGGGUGGUAUAGUUAUUCACAGAAGUGGCCUUUUCAGGUCAGGCCUGCUGUGAUCUGUCGCAUGUCCUGCACUUUCAUCUUUGGCAUUCUAUGACUAAUCCAUCCCAGCGAAAGCCAAGCCUCAGUUCCAACCCAGUGUAACGUGUGCUCGUUCUGAUGUAUUCAUGGGCUGUUUAGUGACUGUAUUUGGUUCUGAUCAAUGUAGUGACCUAGGGCAUAUGAAAUGUUCCCAACCCUUGUCUCUCCAAUCUGUGCGCAGAAUUUUUAGCAGUUCCUUCUGGACUCUUGCAUGUCUAAGUUGCUGCGCUCAUUGCUCCCUCCAUAUUAAUAAUAAUAAUAAUAAUGUUAACUUCUUGUAAAUACAUUUUUUUCUUUUUCUAUUUUUUUUUUUUUUUUGUAUUUUUAGUAUUUUCAUUUGUCUGCUGUAUUUCUGAACCUCUCAUGUGACCUGCCUUCCACAAAAAAA